UAACCCAGGGAACUGGAGUGAACUUCCCAAUUGGAGAACUUCCAAGCCAGCCAUAUUACCAUGAUAUGAAUUCGGGUGUAAAUCUACAGAGGUCCUUAUCCUCUCCACCAAGCAGCAAAAGGCCCAAAACUAUCUCCAUAGAUGAGAAUAUGGAGCCAAGCCCGACAGGAGACUUUUAUCCCUCUCCAAAUUCACCAGCUGCGGGGAGUCGGACAUGGCAUGAAAGAGAUCAAGAUAUGUCUUCUCCUACAAUGAAGAAACCUGAAAAGCCUUUGUUUAGUCCUACUUCUCCCCAGGAUUCUUCACCAAGACUGAGCACUUUUCCCCAGCAUCACCACCCAGGAAUCCCAGGAGUUGCACAGAGUGAGAUGAAGAAUUUUAGAAGAAACAAGAUGCGAAGUAAUUUUAAUGUUAUUUUAUCUUCUCCAGUCAUCUCAACUAGAACUCCACCUUCACCUUCACCAUUGCCAUUUCCAGCACAAGCUAUUCUCCCUCCUGCCCCGUCUAGCUACUUCUCUCAUCCAACGAUCAGAUAUCCUCCCCACCUGAAUCCUCAGGAUACUCUGAAGAAUUAUGUACCUUCUUACGACCCGUCCAGUCCACAGACUAGCCAGCCUAACAGCAGUGGUCAAGUAGUAGGGAAAGUGCCUGGCCAUUUUACUCCAGUUUUGGCACCCUCUCCCCAUCACAGUGCGGUGCGACCUGUGACCCUGACCAUGACAGAUACUAAACCCAUCACUACAUCCACUGAAGCCUACACAGCCUCAGGCACAUCCCAAGCCAAUCGAUAUGUGGGACUAAGCCCAAGAGACCCAUCCUUCCUACACCAGCAACAGCUGAGGAUUUGUGACUGGACCAUGAAUCAAAACGGCAGGCAUUUAUACCCCAGUGCCAGUGAGGAUACAUUGGGAAUUACUUGGCAAAGUCCUGGUACCUGGGCUAGCUUGGUUCCUUUUCAAGUAUCAAACAGGACACCAAUCCUGCCGACAAAUGUCCCAAAUUAUGGUUUGAACAUAAUUGGAGAGCCUUUCCUUCAAGCAGAAACAAGUAACUGAGGGAAAAAAAAAAUAAAAGAAAAAAUAGAAAAAGGAAAAAAAGGAAGACGGGAUGAGAGAAAAAACUGAAGAAAGAAAAAAAAAUAGACCAGCAAUUGCAGCACUUACAAUCACUAAUUCCCUUAUGGUUAAAACUGAAAUGACACACAAAGGGUCGAUGGUAUUUCACUGAUGGGUAGAAUGCAGCCCCUGCUAAGUAGCCUUUGUUAUAUGAAGUCCGCUGGGAAAUAGAUGUUCUGUCUCUGACAAUAUAUUUUAACUGACUUUCUAGAUGCCUUAAUAUUUGCAUGAUAAGCUAGUUUUAUUGGUUUAGUAUUCUUGUUGUUUACGCAUGGGAUCACUAUUCCUGGUUAUCUCACAAAACAAAGGCUAAGCAGCAGCAACAGAGCUGCAGGAGGACAAGGGCUGUGAGCCAGCCAUUUUCUCAACACUCUGAUUUCUAAAUGUUUUAAAAAUACGCUCUGUAGCCUUUAGUUAUCAGUAUGGAUUUAUUAAACUUUGGCCCUUAACUCAGCCUUUUCUAGUGUGUUACCCAGUUUGAAAUUUUCAAUCAGAAUGAACACACGGGCUCUAUGUAAGAAAUGCCUCUAUGUAGGUAAAAGUGUUAUCUUUUCAUGCAACAGUAAAAAGAAAAUGAAAAAAACAACAACAAAAAAAAACAACCCACACGAACUUUUUCCACUAAAGAAACACUUACAGAGGCAAGUGCAAUUUAAAAAUCAUAUCUAAGGGGUCAUCAUUAUAAGUCCUUCAGCCCUUGGACUCUAAAUUGAGGGGAUUAAAAAAAAAAAAAAUUAAAAAUUGCUUUGAACAAAUUUAUUUUUCCCCUCAGUUUUUGAGGGCAUUAAAAGGCAUUACAUCAAGACAAAUCAUGUCCUUGAGAAAAAGAAAUCAAUGAAAACACAGCACUUAUGUUGGUUUAGCUGCUGCCUCCAUAGAGGGGUAGGAUUUAUUUAUUUAAAGUUACUGGUUGCAUCAAGAACCCAUAGGGUUUAUAUUUUUCUGUAUAAUCUGCAUCAUAGAGACAAAGAGAUAGGCAAAUCCAUGCCACAAGGGCAAAGCUUACUGUUUACAAACUGGUAAUACCAGGAUGGGGAUAAGAUUUUAUUUAAAUAAUGCACUCUUAAAGUCUAGUUACAGGGUGCUGAAAACUUGCAUGGUGCUUUCAGAAGUUAGCCUUGUUCAACAGAUUUCACAUAUUGACAGAAAUAUAAUGUGCAUGGGCAGACAUUUU